AUGGCUGGACUCGGGUUUGCCCACCACUGCUACUACUCGCCAAUGCAACAAGCAUGCAGGCAGGACCUGAAACUUUGGUGGCACGCCGCAAAGCAAAGGAUGGAUCAAGAAUUUCGCCUGAUAACUAUCCCUUUUCCUGCUGUCAUUAUCCAAAACGGCGAGACCUUUGAUCAUACUGUUGUCCAUGGCAACACGAAAGAUCUUUACGCCAAAAAUGAUUUCAAUUGCGCAGAUCAUCUAACUGCGUAUGUUGUCCACUCUGCGAUUAAAGAGAGGAACAUGUCCAAGUACGGGUUAGGGAGUGCACAAUUGAAAGAGGGUUCCGAGCAACAAUUGGCGUGGAGAAAUCUCGCAGCAGAUACGCUUGGAAAAUACCAUGGCAUGUUCGAAAAAGGGUACUUCCAAGACAUCACUUCCAAAAAGAAGUACCUCGGUUAUUCCAACCUGGUCAAGUCUGAACAUUUCGUAGGGCGCAACAACAGAUCCUGGGCUCUUGUGCUAGGGGGAGCUCCUGUGACCUUCAAGCGCAGCAAGUCUGGAGCAGGAGACAUACCAUUUGCAGCUUCCAUUGUUCCGUACGUAGCGGUGACACGAUUUGCCGAUGGAUCGUUGAACCCUGAAUUAGAAAACGGCAUGAAGUAUAAGGAUGUCAGAAACGCUCACAAUAACCUUUUGCUUAUCUUCGAUAAGAACGUUACCCAAGACGGAAAAUAUGAAAUCUCGGGAUUCCCUGUGGAGUGUCACCUAAUCACCCAAAAUCCUGUUUCGCAAGCCCUUGUUGGUACCCUAUCCUGGGACGACCAGUCUGUCCUCAACGAAGCUGCCAAACUCCUCGCGAUGAACCAAAAGGAAUUUUACGAGUGGUAUGCGGCUUAUGGAAAGUCGGUUAUGGAACCUUACCGAAGAGUUUUUGCGGACUUCGAAUCAAUGGAAAGAGGGUAUGGAGACAAAUCUUACUUUGUUGCAGGGGACAACUCUGGAGGGCAAGGUAAUGAACCAGAGCCUGAUGUCGAAGGGAAUAUCGAGCCCAUUUCCUCGGGCGAUGACGAGAUUCGGGACUCUCCUGGCCCAGGACAUGGGGAAAGCCUAACUGUCAGCCGUAAGAGACCGAGGAUGCCCGAUCCUGACGACGAUCAAGAGAGUGCUGAGGCUCCUAGGCGCAAAAAGCCAAGAAGAGCGGCACCUGAUCCUGAAUUGGAAGAUGAUCCCGAGCACUCUCCCGCACGACGUCAGAGUGCUAGGCCCCCAUCCCGCAGAAGUAGGCGACAAGCUGAGGCGAGAAAGUAG